AUGGACGCUUCAGAACAGUCACACGAGACAAUCAAGUUUAUCUCAUUCACUCAGGACGCCAAAAUCAUCUCAACUGGUCACAAGGAUGGGAUCACGUUCUACAAAACAUCAGAUCUUCUGGAGAACCAGGUCAUCCAAUCUGAAACUAUGAAAGACAGUGGCCUUCACAAUUCAGUCUUAAUCCAACGCCUUCACUCAUCCGCUCUCUUCUUCGCUGUCUCAGAAAAAGAUCCACGCGCACUGAACGUCUACAACGUCCACAACAAAAACGCCAUCACCAGUCUCAAGUUCAGAAAGUCGAUUUUGGCAGUCAGAGCUCACAAGGACAGAGUGGUGGUAUGCCUCGAGGAUAGCAUUCACAUCUACAUUCUCAACGAAAUGAAGCUAAUUCACAGCAUCAUGGAUACACCAAUGAACCUCCGUGGUGUGAUUGACUUGACCAGCAACCCCGAGAAGGCUAUCAUCGCUUACCCAGGAAGCCCAGACACUGGAUCCGUGCACCUCUUCGACGCUAUCAAUUACGGCUCGAUGAAUACAUUCGUGGCUCAUGAAGGAGCACUUGCUUGUUUGAAGUUCAAUCAAGACGGAUUGAUGUUGUCCACAGCUAGUGUGAAGGGUACUGUCAUUCGUGUCUACUCAGUCCCAUCCGGAAGCCGUUUGUUCGAAUUCCGUCGUGGUGUCUCCAGAUGUGUCACCAUCAGCUCUUUCUGCUUCUCUGCUGAUGGCAAAUAUCUUGCCUCGUCUUCAAAUACCGAAACUGUUCAUGUCUUCAAGCUGGAGAAAGAGGAAGCAAAGACACAAGAAACUGGCGAAGUCAGCUGGUUCGAUACCAUCCACAAGACCCUUGCCGCCUACUUGCCAACUCAAGUGAUGCAGGUGUCCGAGUUGGUGACCACAGAGCGCAGCUUUGCUACCGCCAGACUUCCAGGAGCCGCGAAGAGCAAUCAGGUUGCUUUGAUCAUUCAUAACAACCAUCAACACGUCAUGGCCGCCACAUCAGAGGGAUUCGUCUACUCCUACCGUUUGGAUCCAGAAGGCGGCGAGCUUGACCUCAUCAAGCAGAACUGCAUUGGACCACAUGCUUUUCAGCAGACCGUCCCCACCAUUGAUGAUUCGAUGAACUUCCCACCAAUGAAUUUUAGAAGUAUGUAA